AACUAAUAUGGACGUUGGAAUGGCGUCAUAAAUAGUUAAUGACGUUGUUUAUAUUUGUGCAUAAAAAUAUAUCUUGGCUGCAAAGUUCAUUUGAUUUUGUGAAGAUUUAAAAAAUGUAAUUAUUGAAUGAUUAGUGCUUAGGGACAGUUUUCUAUAAUGUAUUAAAACAUACGAAUCAAAAUGUCAAACAAUACUGUCGGUUCGUCGGGUCAUGCUCCCGGCAAAAUACGUGGACCUGGUAGGCCUCCUAAACGUACGUGUACCUGGUGUGGAGAGAGUAAAACACCCUUAAAAUAUGUCUUGCCCACGGAAAAUGGCAAAAAAGAGUUUUGUUCCGAGACAUGUCUUUCAGAAUUUCGACAGGCUUAUAGCAAAGGCGCCUGUCUGCACUGCGAUAAUGUUAUUCGCGGUAAUGCACCUCCAAGCAGCAAAAAUUUCUGUUCUACGUAUUGUUUGAAUAAAUAUCAAAAGAAAAAUGAAAAAAGGACAACUUCUCCACAAUCUGGCAAUGGAGCGAACGGUACAGAAAGCAAUGCCAAUAAUAAUUCUACCGGGUCCUAUUACGAUAUUUUUCAGUCGUUUGAUUGGACCGAAUACAUGAAAGAAACUACUAGCGUCGCAGCUCCCGAAGAUUGCUUCAAACAAGCGUCGGUUCCUCCAGUUAAUGAUUUUAAAGUGAAUAUGAAGUUAGAAGCCUUGGAUCCACGGAAUUUAACGUCAACAUGUAUAGCUACAGUGGUGGGAGUGUUGGGGCCGCGGCUGAGACUUCGGCUUGAUGGUAGUGAUAAUAAAAAUGAUUUUUGGCGACUAGUAGAUGCUGGCGACAUACAUCCAAUUGGACACUGUGAAAAAAAUGAUGGAAUGCUACAACCUCCGUUAGGCUUUCGAAUGAACGCUAGUAGCUGGCCUAUGUUCUUACUAAAAACUCUGAAUGGAGCAGAAAUGGCUCCUCCCAAAGUGUUUCAACCUGAACCACCAACUCCUAAAACAAAUCUAUUUGUUGUUGGUCAAAAACUAGAGGCUGUUGAUAAAAAGAAUCCACAGUUGAUAUGCUGUGCAACUGUGGGUGCUGUGAAAAAUGACCAGAUACAUGUCACUUUUGAUGGGUGGCGGGGUGCAUUUGACUAUUGGUGUAGAUAUGAUUCAAGAGAUAUAUUUCCAGUUGGUUGGUGUGCUCGAGCAGGGCACCCCCUGCAACCACCUGGCCAAAAAAGUGCAACUACACCAUCUAGAUUUAAGUUACGUCCCAGUGGCAUCCCCAACCCAGCCUUACCAGAGGGUGGUUCAACUGGAGCCAACACAGGCACAAAUAACUCUGGCACAUCUAGUCCCGUCCCCAAUGUGUGUUUGCGCAUCCGUAGCAGCUGUCAAGGAGGUAGCCCCAACAUGCCAGCUUCAGUUACCGGAGUGGGAGCAUCAGGAGCAGCAGAAACUCUUGUUAAAGAGCUCCUAAGUGUUCAUACAGAUCCGCAAAAGCUGACAAGAGCAAUUCUCACAGCAUCUAGUAGCUAUUCAAAUAUUACUAAUGUUCAGGUAUCAUCAGGCAGUAAGAAUUACACAGUAAAAGUUCCUACCGACCUAACAGCUGAGGAGCUAAAGAACUGGUUGAAGGUGGUGUGUGCGGGGGCAGGCUGGUGCGUUGGGUUGUUGGAAGUGGACUCUGGGGAGGCGGCCGGGAGACCCUGUGCCCUCUGUGGAGAAUCCACAUCUAACUCUGUCACCUCUGUUUCCGCUGUAAAGAGGCCCAAAAGUGCGCUGGAGGCGGGCGGGGCCGGCGGGGCGGGCGGCGCGGAGGGCGCGGGCGGCGUGGUUUAUUAA